AUGCUCCACUUGAGCUCGUUCGUCACGGCAGCACUGCUGUUGACGACAACCUCCGCCGCCGGUACGCCGAAACGUGGCCUGGCUGCCAAUGACGGCAUUCCCAUCAAGAACUUUGGGGGAACUUUUCAAGGCCACAAGUCCCACAUUAACUGGCACUACAACUGGGAUAGCACAACGAGCCAGAAACAAGUCUUUGCCGAGUUUGUCCCCAUGCUCUGGGGCACCCAGAGCUAUCACACGCAGCAAUGGCGCAACAACACUCGCUAUUGGAUGCAGCGAGGAACGAAGCAUUUGCUUGGUUUCAACGAGCCCGACCGUCCAGACCAGGCAAACCUAUCCCCUGGUGCGGCAGUAGCGGCCUGGAAAACAUACAUGGAGCCGUUUGCAGGUCAAGUAAAGCUUGGUGCACCAGCAGUCUCUAAUGGCGGUUACGGCUGGCUGAGCAAGUUUCUCAACCAGUGCAAAGGCUGCCAUAUAGACUUCAUCCCUGUUCACUGGUAUAAUGACCAUACUCUGGAAUUCAACUUGGAGAACUGGGUUAAGAAGAUCUGUCAGUUGGGCAAGGGUCGUCAAGUUUGGAUCACUGAGUUUCAAGGAUUUGGCUCUCCCGCUCAGCAGGGCGAUUUCUUGAAGAAAGCCAUGCCGUUUUUGGAUAAAAAUGCCUGCGUUGCACGGUACGCGUACUUUGGCACCGCGAAGAACUCGCAGGUUCUUCUUCAGAAUCGUGGGCCAGCCCUUUCGCCCCUAGGAAUUCAGUAUGCCUUCAGCCCUUACGGGUCUGGGACCGUUUAA